AUUGUAUACAAUCAUAUGAUGUAUUCAUUAAUGGAACUAAUGUUACUACUACCAGUGGAAUGAGUCUAUUGUAUAAUACUGGAGGAGCUAUUGGCAGUAUUGAUGUAUUGGUUAAUAGUGUUGAUUAUUAUGGAAGAGCAGUGGGUAACUUAUCAACUCAAUAUCAAUUUAACAACUAUAAUUUUGAAGUUGAGACUAUUAUUAGUAACAGCAUGUCACUGAAUGUAAUAAUGAAGGAUAAGUUUAUUAUUCAACAGCCUGCUCCAUUGUCCUGUGAACUGACUGUCACUAACUUAACUCAAUCAUCAGUGGACUGUCUCCUUGACAAGCUGUUUGUAUUUACUAAUGUCACUGAAGGAGAUGUGUAUAAUUAUACUGUUACUGUUACUAAUGUCAUUGGGUCUACCUUUAAGAAUGGCUCGAUAGAAAUUCCUUACUUACCACUUGAAGUGUGUCCUUCAAAAAUUCAGUAUUCAGCUUCAGCAAUGAUAAUGAUGAGUCCUAUUUCAUCAGUAUCAGUUAUGGAGCCAAGUACACCAGCCAGUACAUCUUCAGAUAGUUGCAAUUGUGUUCUUCCAUGGACAGUUGGUGUAUUAAUUGGGGUAGCUGUGAUGAUUGUCGCUUUACUUGUGAUCAUUUUUAUCAUAAUAAUUUAUUUUGUCUCACAUAAAUAGAGAUACUACCCAGGUUUGCUAGAAAUUAUUUUUGGACAAGAGUGAGCUACUUAUUUGAGUGUCUAGUUGAAUUUUGUGAACAUUGUGAAUGAGAGUGUAAAAAGAAUGAGUUAAUUGGUUUGAUAUUAAUAUGUGACAAUCAAACAAGAACUUAAGUCAAUCACACUACAGUGUCAAUCAUUGUUCAGUGUUAAUAAACUCUUCUAUACAUAUUAGUCUUACUGCAGCAUACACGUUUAAGCAAUCAAAGAAAUACACAAGACAAUUCCUAAGACUGCUCCUAGGACAGUAGAGUAGUGUAGCUUUUUUGAUUUAAUUAUUUAAUUAUUAAUUUCUAGACUAUACAGCAUCAUGUACUACUUUUGCAUACAUUUACAAGUCCUCAUACAACAUCAA